ACGGACGCUAAAAUGAUGUACUAAGAUAGUUGCGGGUGUUUUUUUAUUAGUGAUUUUGUACGCGCCCGCGCCGCAAAGCCCAAAAGAAAAAAAAAACCGUGAAAGAGGACGAACAAGGAAGUCACGCACAAAACGAAAAACAACAAAACACCCAAUUACAAUUUAACAAAAGCAGCUUAACCGUUAAACAUUAAUAAUAAUAAUAACAACCAAAAUCAAAACUUAAACUAAUCAUGAUGAUCUCGUGCGAAUGCUUGAAUUUUAAUGCCACCUCGCCGCAGCUGCAGCGCAGCUUCACCAGCAACUCUGCUCCGGGUGGAGUGGGUGGCGGCAAUGGCAAUAAUAAUAACAGCAACAGCAGCAACAAUAACAGCGGCAGCGCAGCCGGCGAUUCGUCUCUACCAGCAUUGUUGUCGCAGAUGUUUGUGCAAAAAUAUCCAAGGGAUUUUCUGUACUACAGCAAUUUUAUGGAUUUCUUCAAGAUUGCAAAUGGUCCCAUUCCAGAUCUAACCGUAAAUGCCAUAAGUCAGCGUGAUUUAAUUUAUAGCCUCACAUUGGACGUGGCUGCUGUGCCGCAUCACAAUCAACCAAAUCAGAGUUGGCAAUUUUACAUUUGCAUCAAUUGCAAAAUGGUGCUGUGUGCCAAGCGUUUAAUAAAUGUUAGCGGCGCUGGCGCCACGACUCCCAGCACAGCAACACUACCCACUCCAAGCAACCAGUACCUCAUCAACAGUCAGCUGCUGGUGUCGUCCACCGAUGAGGAGCUUCAACAGCGUCGUAGCCACAAAUCCUAUUCGGAAAUCUUUCAGCUGCUCAUCAUGGACGAUGCAGCAGCAGCCGAUGAUGUGGCCACAUCAUCAUCAGCAGUGUCAGCGAUGAUAACGACGCCACCAACAUCGGCUGGCAUAUUAAACUCCACAUCGAACCUGAGCAUUGGCUCGCUGCUGCAGUCCCAGAACAGUUGUCCGCUCGAUGGCCGGGUGCAGAGAUUGCGUCAAUUGCAGGCCUAUCAACAUGCACGCGUCCAGGCGGAGAUAAAUGAGACCACUGAGCGCAUCGAACGCUAUACGGAGCAAAAGUUUGCGCUGCUCAAGAGUUUCCGGGAGAAGUGUGAUCAGGAGGCGGCACUCCUCAGCCGUCUCAUCCAGCAGGUGCCGGAGCAGACGUGUGAGCUCUUGGAUCGUGGCCUACCCGUUGCUCUCGAGGUGGUUGCACUAACGACGGCAACACGUCGUCGCAACACGUUGAGCAGUCGACCGCCGACCACGCCCACCACACCACUCAUCCAGCCGCCCAGUUUUAUGAUGGAGCAACAACAGCAACCACAACAGCAACAGCAUCAACAGUUGCCGGCGAGUGCCGUUAAUUCAUCGACGAUGACGUCGCGCAAAAUGUCCAAUUUUGAUACACCGCCCGCCACACCAGAAGCCACGCCGAUGAGCGUCGGCAACAGUCCCACCUUCAGGCAGCAGCAGCAACAGCAGCAGCAGGGAGCAACUGUUGUCAGCAGCAAUCCAUUGUUGUUGUCAACAACUGCUGCCGCUGGCGGAGACGAUGCCGAUGAUUGUCUCUUCGAUCUGGAGGAUGUGGAUGCACCCAGCCAGGCUAUGCACCUCUAUCAGCAGCAGCAGCAACAACAGCAGCAGCAGCAGCAAUAUCAGCGCUUGCAGCAGCAGCACUUGCAACAACAGCAGCAGCAGCAGCAGGACAACAUGAGCGAUGCCGAUGAGGCAGAGGACGCACUCGAUUUGGACAGCUCUUUGCCCAUACCGAUGCGUGGUGGCGCCACUGCUGGUGGGGCUGGAGCUCGUGGUCAAUUUAUGGUUAAUUUUGCUCGGAGUCUGCCCGUUGAGAUUGCCAACUCGCCGCUGGCCGAGCGUGCCAGCAACAACAACAACCAUAACCACAACAACAACAAUCAGCAUCAUCAUCCGGCUGUGCUCGAGGAUGAGGAGGUGCUGGACAAUACUGUGGACAUUGCGGCCAGCAUCAAGGCAUUGGCAAAGAGUGUGCAUGGCGAGCCAGUGUUCGGGGACUUGCCUCGCCCACGCCUGCGCUCCCAGAUCUAAAUGGCGAGAAGGGGGAGGGACGAGUCAAGGAUGCGAUGGGAAAACAAACACCACUACGUACACAUAUUAAAAUAUUCUGCAUCAAAUCAUUUGGAAAGCAAAACUCAGCCUGUUGUUAAUUCUAAACUAAAUUAGUUUGCUCAACGAGAGACGAUUGGACGGACACCUUGUGAAGCGCCUUCAUCAAAUGAUACACACACCCAACACACACACACAUUUAAUAAUUAAGCUACAAAAAGUGUAAUUUCAGUACGCAUAUAUAUAUAUAUAUUUAUCUAUAUAUAUAUAUUUCUGCUGUUUAAUUUUCUAAGUGCAAAAAGUUUUUCGUUUCUCUUCGGAUGAUGAUCUUCGAUUGAAAUAUGUAUUUUCAUUAUAUUUUUUCACUUGGUACGAAAAGUGAUGGCUGCUGUCACAUUUUGAAUUAAUUAAUUAAUUAACUGAUGAUGUUGUUAGUUUAUACAAUGAAUUAAUUAUAUAUCGAUACCAUACAUAUAAAAAACACAAAAAAA